CAACGAAAAAAUGUCAACCAAGCGGUCACCCAUCGAUCUUCGAUCUUCACUUCCUCUCCGACCGCUUCCAGCUUCUCCGGCAUCCUGCAAAAAUCCAUGGCGGCGGCGGUGGUCGGCGGAGCAUUUCUCUCCGCUUUCCUCCAGGUGCUCUUCGACCGGAUGGCCUCGCGCGAGGUCGUCGACUUCUUCGGGUCGAGCAAGCUCUGCAAGAAGAAGCUGCUGCAGAAGCUGGAGGCCGCGCUCCUGUCCGCGAACGCCGUGUUGGACGACGCGGAGGAGAAGCAGAUGACCAGCUCCUCCGUCGCGAGGUGGGUCGACGAGCUCAAGGACGCCAUGUACGACGCCGACGACCUGUUCGACGAGAUCGCCACCGAGAAUCUGAAGCGCGAAGCCGGGAUCGAGUCUCGGCCUCUCGCUUGUAAGGUUUGGAGCUUCGCUUCAGAUGCUUGUAUGAGUAGGUUUGGGGAUAAGCUAGAGAAGGUCCUGGAGAGAUUGGAGAGUGUGGUGAAGCAGAGACAAGUGUUGGGGCUAAGAGAAGGUAUUCGCGAGAGGACACCUAGAGCUCUACCCACCACUUCGUUAGUCGAGGAAUCGGGAGUUUUUGGGAGAGAGAAGGACAGGGAGGCGGUAGUGGAGUUGCUUUUGUCGGAUCGGAGCGAAAAGAACACCAGUGUGAUGGCCAUCGUCGGGAUGGGCGGUGUUGGCAAAACCACGCUGUCUCAGCUUGUGUUCAAUGAUGGUGUGGUGAAGGGGAGUUUUGAGUUGAGAUCGUGGGUUUCCGUGUCCCACCAAUUCGACAUCUGCAAGCUGACGGCGACGGCUCUCGAGGAAUUCUCCUCCUCUAAGAAGGAGACCGAGAAUCUCAACCAGCUUCAGCUCCAACUGAAGAACUUCUUGACAGGGAAAAAAUUUCUUUUGGUAUUGGAUGAUGUUUGGAAUGAGGACUUCAAUAUUUGGAAUGCGUUCCUAGUUCCUUUUACCUAUGGAGCAAGAGGCAGCAAAAUCGUCGUGACGACACGAAAUGAGGGUGUCGCAUCGGUUGCUUGUGCCGUCUCAACAUACUCUUUGCAGAAGUUACAAGACAAAGAAUGUUGGGACUUGUUUGCAAAACAUGCAUUUGAUGAGCAUAACCUCGAGGCACGCACGAGACUUGAAGAUAUUGGGCAAAGAAUUGUAAAGAGAUGUGAUGGAUUGCCUCUUGCUCUAAAGACUAUAGGUAGUUUGUUACGCUCUGAGUCUGAUAUCAGAAAGUGGGAAAUCAUUGCAGAGAGCAAUAUUUGGGAUUUGGCACCUGGAAAGAAUGAAAUUCUCCCUGCGUUGUUGUUAAGUUAUCAUUACCUUCCUCCACAACUAAAACGAUGUUUUGCUUAUUGUUCGAUCUUCCCAAAGGAUUGUAAAUAUGAGAAGGACCAACUGAUCUUACUUUGGAUUGCUGAGGGCUUGAUAAAACAACCUAAGGACAGCAGGACAUUAGAGGAAGUAGGUGAUCAAUGCUUCUGUGAUCUUGUCUCUAGAUCUUUGCUUCAUAGAGUGAGCGAUGUCGAAUCAAGUUUUUUAAUGCAUGAACUGGUCAAUGACUUAGCAAGAUAUGUAGCUGGUCAAUCUUUUUUUAGCUUGGACGGAGGCAAUGCACACCAGGUGUCCUCAAGCACUCGCCAUUUGUCAUUUGUAAGAACAAGAUAUGAUGUCGCUUCUAGAUUCAGAGUGUUAGCUGGGGCAAUGCAUUUACGUACUUUCCUGCCACUAAACGUGGAUCAUGUGACAUCUAACGAGUUCUUUUUCUUGACUGAUGAGGUACUACAUGUUCUGUUGCCGACCCUGAGACAGUUAAGGGUGCUAUCUUUGUCUCAUUAUCAGAAAAUCUCUAUUUUGCCCAGUUCAAUUGGAUGUUUGAAACAUCUGCGCUAUUUGAAUCUUUCCUAUAAUAGAAGUCUAAGCAGAUUGCCUGAUUCAAUUACUGCUCUCUACAACUUGCAAACUUUAAUUCUUGCUUACUGUCAGUCUCUCAUCGAGUUACCGAGCAACAUGGGUAGCCUAACCUGUCUGCGUCAUCUUGAUAUAAGGGAGACAUUCCUGAAGAGAAUGCCAUUGCAGAUGAACAGACUGAAGAAUUUGCAGAUAUUAACUAAUUUCGUGGUGGCCGAAAGCGGGGGGACCAGGGUUCGGGAGCUAGGGGAGCUUGGGAAUCUUAUGGGUGCACUCUCCAUUCAGGGUUUGCAGAAUGUUGAGAGUUAUCGAGAUGCCGAGAUAGUCAAUUUGCAGGCAAAAAGGUACUUGAAAAAGUUAGUACUGGAAUGGGGUUCUGAUAACAAUAUUACGCAGCGAAAUUGCUUAAAUGUAUUGGACAAGCUACAACCUCAUGGGAACUUGAGAGAGCUUAUCAUUAUAUCCUAUAGUGGUAGGUCAUUUCCUGAUUGGCUGGGACAUGAUUUAUUCUCUAAUAUGUCUGUCGUGUGUCUUGAAUCUUGCAAGCACUGUGUGUCAUUGCCUCCUUUAGGACAGCUACCAUCUCUGGAGAAGUUGACAAUCAAGGGAUUUGAUGGAGUAACAAGAGUGGGUAAUGAAUUCAAUGGUAGUAACUGUAUACCCUUUCAGUCACUGAAGUAUUUAGAAUUUGCUGACAUGUGCAGCUGGAAAGAGUGGGCUUCUUUUGCAAUACGGACAGGAGGUCUUGCCUUUGCACAUCUGCAGGAGCUUUGUAUUAUAAAUUGCCCCGAGUUGAGUGGAGGUUUACCCAGCCAUCUCCCUUCUCUAUCAGCCUUGUCCAUUGAAAAGUGCCCACAGCUGACGUCUUCUCUACCAUUUGCGCCACUUCUCCGUAAGAUCGAUUUGGAUGACUGUGGAAAUGUUUCUGGAGUUGAGCCUCUUCUAAAUGGCACUGAGUUACAAGAUAUGGAAAUCAAGAAUCUUUCAACCCUUCCCUUGAGGUUUCUUCCUCCUACCAUGACAAGACUCAAUCUUGAAGACAGUCAUGAAAUAGAGUUGCCAAUACACAGAUGCCAUGAAUCUCUCCAAUAUCUAAACUUGAAGAAGAGUUGUGAUUCACUUAUAUCCUUUCCUCUGGAAGUUUUCCCCUCACUUAAGAAUAUUCAGUUAGUGGAGAUUGAAAAAUUGGAACAUCUUUCAAAUUCAGACGGUUCUCCACUUCUUCUCCAUUCGAUGAACAUUAGUGAUUGCCCUGAAUUUAGAUCUUUCCCUGCAGGAGGAUUGGCUGCCCCAUACCUCACUUCAUUAGAGUUGAAUGACUGUCGUCAUCUAAAGCAUCUGCCAGAAAACAUGCAGGCUCUCCUUCCUUCACUUCGGUCACUGAAAAUAUCCUCAUGUCCGCAACUCGUGUCAUUUCCUGAGCAGGGUUUACCUGCCAAGUUGGUCGCACUUUCACUCUCUAAUUGUGACAAGCUCAUCACUGGCCGCAAGGAUUGGGGUCUGCAAUCACUAUGCUCUCUUAAAACUUUUGUCAUUGAGCAGGAGAAAAAUAUUGAGUCAUUUCCUGAGAUGGGGCUUCUGCCAGCCUCUCUUACCUCUCUGUAUAUCGUUGGCUUUGAAAAUCUGACGUCCCUGAACUCAAAAGGGCUUCAUAGCCUGAGCUCCCUUGAAAACCUGUUCAUUGGAGAAUGUCCUAAGCUCCAUUCCUUCCCAAAAGAGGGACAAAUCCUGCCUGCUUCUCUUACCACUCUGUUGAUUUAUGAUAUGGGUCUAAAAUCACUGGAUAACUUAGGGCUCCACCACCUCACUUGUCUCAAAAACUUUCGCAUAAUUGGCUGCGGAAGUCUUCGAUCCAUGCCAGCGGAGGGCUUGUCGUCCUCCCUUUCCAAUCUAUUUAUCUAUGGGUGCCCUUUGCUGGAGAAAAGAUGCCAGCGGAAGAAAGGGAAAGAUUGGCCCCUAGUUUCUCACAUUCACUGCAUCGUGAUUGAAGAUGUGCUUAUCACUUGAUCGAAUUGCUUGCUUUACAAGCCCUCCUUUUACCAAGAUCUCACUCAGGUUGAGUGCUUCUAGAUGGGGCUAGACUAACUAUUGUUCCAAAAAUACAUGAUUUGUUGAGAUGUAUGUAUGAGUUGUGUUAGUAGAAGUCCCACAACGGGAGAUUGGUAUGGUGUGAAGUAGUUAAUAUAUCUUAGUUAGCCAAUAACUCAUUGGCUUAAGUUUUUGAGUAAAAGUGGAUCUAACUGGAUAUGUUAACGGGCUCAGACUCGAGCUAUCUCUUGGCUUUUGCUGCGCGCUCCCAACAAAUAUUAUCAGAGCCGAUGGUUGAUUCGUGGCAACCUGUUGGUGCAAAAGAAUUCAUGGAUUAAGGGGGAGUAUACCUGACAUUAAGCUCACACGUGAGGAAGAGAUUAUUAAGAUGCAUGUGUCGAAGAAUUGAUGUGGUAUGAAGUACUUAAUAUAUCAUAGUUGGCCCGUAAUCAUUGGUUUAAGCUUAUGAGUAUGUGUGGAUCCAACUGGGUUUGUUGACGGGCUCGAACUUGGCGAUCUGUCCAUGUGAUGGUAUUGGGUUUUUGCUAGGCACUACCAACGUGUAGUUGGUGGAUGUCGGAUGCAGCUUUGCAUGGACCUAUUCUUCUCCCACGAUAUCAAGAUAGUUUCGUAACAGGGUUGUGGUGAAAAAAAAAUGGUGCUUAGUCUUCACAAGACAAGUGGAUAAGCAUAGGCAAUGAGAUAGUGGAAAUCGGCAAGGAAAACAAAUGCAUUUUUCACGUAGUCAGCAAGCCGAGUGAUCGACUCCUGGAAACGAAAAAAUCGAGGUCAAUUUAGGAGUUUCGAAAUUUUGUUGUUGGUUUGCAGCUUUGUGAGAGAAAUUAUUUACCAAUGAGAGCAAGUGCAGGAGAGGCACUCCAAUGCGAUUGCAACGUUUAACAUGAGUUGAAGUUUGACGCAGUCACAUGCCAUGCGAGAUGUACUUGCCUAAUGGUUUGGUUAGAUUGUUGGUUUUGCAAGCUGAUACUUGUUGCAAUGGAGAAACACGAAACCUGUCAAGGUAAAACGGAGGCAACGCAUAAUCUGUAGUUGUACAUCCCAGGGGUUCGAUGUUGUAGCAUUGGAAGCAAGGAUCAGCAGUUGGAGAAUUGGUUGAGUGAUACUUCUCUCAUAGCGAGUUGAGAAUUGGUUUAGUGAUACUUCUCUCUCUUUGGUCGAGUGGUUCAUCUCUUCUUCAAAAGCACCUCUAAUUCUCUGCGAAAGAGCAGGAAUAACACCUGCACUCAAGUGUCAUGGGUCGACAAUCAUGUACCCAUUUCAUGCUAUAGGAGGGUAUAACGUAUAAUGAAUAAGUGAGUUUCGGGGUCAUGUACUAGUCCGACUUAUUUAUCGUGUUCAAGUUGUACAUCAAAAGUAACAGUGUAUGUGUCUAAGGACGUAUGCAUCUCGAGCAUUCUGAUUUGUAUGUAUCACAUUAUCGAGAAAGAUGAAUCAAAUAACCUUCAUUUCCACUUUCAAAA